AAUUCGGUUGCCGGCCGGGGGCCCCAGGCUUGGGGCCACCCGCCUCCGGCUGGAGGGCUGAAUUCGAGUCGAAAGCCCAUGUCGGGCUGGAAAGAGGCAACCGCCAGCCUAAGAACGCUUUCGGCGAGUUACUGGCAGGGGAAAUGAGGACAGGGAAGUGGGCAGGCGGGGAGACUGGAGCCGCAGAUCUCCCUGGCGGGGAGGUCGUGGCCACUCUUUCCUUUGACUCUGCCUCAUUUCAUUUUGAAUUCUAAUGCGACAGAGGCAAUUGCUUGCUUGGAUACCAUAUAGGUAAAAGUAACAGUUUUCAGCUCGACUCUUGACUACACCCUGUACAUUCUUGGCCAGUGUUGGUUUUCUUAGGUUAUGGAUCAUGUUAAAGGGACACCGAUGUAGUAACCGCACAGUGGCUGGUGGUGGCCUGAGGCUCGUAUUUAUGGUGGCAUGGAAUGUUCACAUGGGUGAGCCGCAUGAGGCCGCCCACCACGCUUCCUGAAGGAUGCCCGUGUGGAAGAAUUUUGACGUGCCAGUGUCCUCGUUCUACCGGGUGUUCCAUUCUUUCGCAAUCUCAGAAAAAUGGGACUAAAAGAAACUAUUUUGUAAAAUAAGAAGACUGUUUCCCAUUUUUAAUGACCAACAUGUAUUAAGAUGGACACCUAUUCUACAAAAUACGAAGUUCUAUGGUCUCGAAGAAGCAAGUGCCUGUUUAAAACUGAUCCUAAAUAAAAACAGACUUGAGUGGAUAUGAGAAUGUUGGUUAGUGGCAGAAGAGUAAAAAAAUGGCAGUUAAUUAUUCAGUUAUUUGCUACUUGUUUUAUAGCGAGCCUCAUGUUUUUUUGGGAACCGAUCGAUAAUCACAUUGUGAGCCAUAUGAAGUCAUAUUCUUACAGAUACCUCAUAAAUAGCUAUGACUUUGUGAAUGAUACCCUGUCUCUUAAGCACACCUCAGCUGGGCCUCGCUACCAAUACUUGAUUAACCACAAGGAAAAGUGUCAAGCUCAAGACGUCCUCCUUUUACUGUUUGUAAAAACUGCUCCUGAAAACUAUGAUCGACGUUCCGCAAUUAGAAGGACGUGGGGCAAUGAAAAUUAUGUUCGGUCUCAGCUGAAUGCCAACAUCAAAACUCUGUUUGCCUUAGGAACUCCUAAUCCACUGGAGAGAGAAGAACGACAAAGAAAACUGGUUUGGGAAGAUCAAAUGUACAAUGAUAUAAUUCAGCAAGGCUUUGUUGAUUCUUUCUACAAUCUUACUCUGAAAUUACUUAUGCAGUUCAGUUGGGCAAAUACCUAUUGUCCACAUGCCAAAUUUCUUAUGACUGCUGAUGAUGACAUAUUUAUUCACAUGCCAAAUCUGAUUGAAUACCUUCAAAGUUUAGAACAAAUUGGUGUUCAAGACUUUUGGAUUGGUCGUGUUCAUCGUGGUGCCCCUCCCGUUAGAGAUAAAAGCAGCAAAUACUACGUGUCCUAUGAAAUGUACCAGUGGCCAGCUUACCCUGACUACACAGCUGGAGCUGCCUAUGUAAUCUCCGGUGAUGUAGCUGCCAAAGUCUAUGAGGCGUCGCAGACACUUAAUUCUAGUCUUUACAUAGACGAUGUGUUCAUGGGCCUCUGUGCCAAUAAAAUAGGGAUAGUACCACAGUACCAUGUGUUUUUUUCUGGAGAGGGUAAAACUCCUUAUCAUCCCUGCAUCUAUGAAAAAAUGAUGACAUCUCAUGGACACUUAGAAGAUCUCCAGGACCUUUGGAAGAAUGCUACAGAUCCUAAAGUAAAAACCAUUUCCAAAGGUUUUUUUGGUCAAAUAUACUGCAGAUUCAUGAAGAUAAUUCUCCUUUGUAAAAUUAGCUAUGUGGACACAUAUCCUUGUAGGGCUGCGUUUAUCUAAUAGUACUUGAAUGUUGUAUGUUUUCACUGUCACUGAGUCAAACCUGGAUAAAAAAAACCUUUAAAUGUUUGUCUAUACCCUAAGUAAAAGGAGGAUGAAAGACAAAUAUUUUGAAAGCCUAGUCCAUCAGAAUGUUUCUUUGAUUCUAGAAACUGUUUAAUAUCACUUAUCUACUUCAUUGCCUAAAUUCAUUUCAAAGCAUUCGUAUUUAGAAAAGGUUUAUAUUAUUAGUGAAAACAAAACUAAAGGGAAGUUCAAGUUCUCAUGUAAUGCCACAUAUAUACUUGAGGUGUAGAGAUGUUAUUAAGAAGUCUUGAUGUUAGAAUAAUUGCUUUUGGAAAAUACCAAAUGAACGUAUAGUACAUUUCAAGGAAAUGAAUAUAUUGUUAGACCAGGUAAGCGAGUUUAUUUUCAUUAAAGAGCACUUGGUGGAGGCGGUAGGGGCAGGGAAAGGUCAGCAUAGGAGAGAAAGUUCAUGACUCUGGUAAAAGAAAGUCUCUUGUUCUUAAGAGGAGAUGUAGAAAAAUGUGUACAAUGUUAUUAUAAAUAGACAAA